AUGGAGAAGUAUGUCGGGCCUUACGACAAUGCCCCUAUUCCUCGUCUAACUAUUCACUCCUUCAUCAUGGGUGUAUUUGUUUCCAUGGGAGGCUUUAUUUUUGGGUAUGAUACCGGACAAAUUUCUGGAUUCUUGGGCAUGGCAGAAUUUCAAAGCCGCUUUGGACAGAAAGAUUCUGAUGGCCCAGGCUAUCACUUCAGUAACGUCCGCUCGGGCCUCAUUGUUGCUUUGCUUUCUGUCGGAACGCUGAUGGGCGCACUUCUCGGUGGGCCUGUGGCCGACAGGAUUGGCCGAAAAUGGAGCAUCUCAGGGUGGUGCAUGAUGCUCCACAUCGGUUUGAUAGUUCAAAUGACUGCAGACAAUCAUAAGUGGUAUCAAAUUGUUGUUGGAAGAUGGAUUGCAGGUCUUGGCGUUGGAGCGUUAUCCCUAUUGGUUCCUAUGUAUCAAAGCGAGAGCGCCCCUCGCCAAAUUCGAGGUGCUUUGAUAAGCACAUACCAGCUCUUCAUCACUCUUGGUAUCUUGGUCGCAAAUUGUAUAAAUUUUGGAACCGAGAAACGCACAAACACAGGAUCCUGGAGAAUACCUAUGGGAAUAAGUUUUAUCUGGGUGUUGAUUCUCGGGGUCGGCAUUGUCUUUUUCCCCGAGUCCCCUCGAUACGAUUACAGACAUGGACGAGAGGAACAAGCCAAGCGUACAAUGAUAAAGCUCUACGGAGUUUCUGAAAACCAUCGAGUUGUGGCAGAAGAACUCGCCGAGAUCAAAGAGAAGCAUGAGGAAGAACUUCUGCAAUCAGGGGAACCAUGGUAUAGGAUGUUCACUGGGCCAAGGAUGUUAUAUAGAAUUGCCCUGGGUGUCUCACUCCAAGCUCUUCAACAACUCACUGGCGCGAAUUACUUCUUCUACUAUGGCACUGUCAUUUUCAAGAGUACCGGAAUCAACAACUCUUAUGUGACUCAGAUGAUCCUUGGAGGCGUCAAUUUCGGCACAACCUUCCUGGGCCUUUACGUUGUCGAAGCUUGUGGUCGUCGAAAAUCUUUAAUAUUCGGAGCUGGUUGGAUGUUCGUCUGUUUCAUGGUCUUCGCUUCUGUUGGCCACUUCGCACUCGAUCGUAACAUUCCAGAAAAUACACCACAUGCAGGCAAAGCUAUGAUUGUUUUUGCCUGUCUGUUUAUCCUCGGAUUUGCAUCUACCUGGGGACCUAUUAUAUGGACUAUUUGCGCAGAGCUUUACCCUUCACGUUAUCGCUCAAACGCUAUGGCACUGUCGACUGCCUCGAAUUGGGGCUGGAACUUCCUUCUUGCCUUCUUCACUCCUUUUAUCGUUGGGGACAUCGACUUCCGAUAUGGCUAUAUCUUUGCGGCGUGUCUAUUUGUCUCGGCGGGAGUGGUCUAUUUUUUCGUCAUCGAAGGCCAGGGUCGCACGUUGGAAGAGAUCGACACAAUGUAUAUUCUCCAUGUUAAUCCCAGAGAGAGCACAAAGUGGAUCGCUCCCCCACCCGAAGAAUUAAUCACCACCGAGAGGCUCGUCCGAGGAGAGGUUGCUGGGACUGGUGCCGACUUGGAGCAAAGUGAUAGUGCGAGAGCAAGAGCAAAGGAAACCGAGCCUAGUAAGAAGUUACUUUUGUUUUUAUAG